AUGGCUUCCUAUCACCGAGUUCUUGGAGUUUUCGGCAAGUCCGUCAAGGACAAAACGCUGGAGUGCGAUUGGUAUGUCUACGCCGCUGCGCGAAAUCAGGGUAACUUUGCUAACCAUUCUACAAGUGAUAUUCAUCCAUGGGAAAUCAAAAUCAACGGUGAACAAUGGCCAGGAAAGAUCCGCCUAAUCGGGUUUGUGGAUGUGUUCUUCCUUUUCUCUUACUCGGCCAACGCACGUUUCGAGAAGGGAAUCAUUGUCUACAAGGAAAGGUAUGACCUCGAAAAGCUCCUCCAGCAAAGCGAUGAAGCUCGUGCGGAAGCUGGCGAGAAGACUUCCAAGGAAGAUCUCGAGAAUUCUAGCGAAGAAUAUUCCGAUACUUCUGCUACCCCAGAAACUCUCUUGUCAAGGCUUCCGUGCCAUGAAAGCAAGGAGGGAGUGAUUCAGACUGAGGUGGUCGAACUCGGUCGCGAGACGCCGAGCUCGUCUUCUCAGUCGGAGAUCCAACAAGGCAUGUUGCAUACAGUGUUCCACAUCCGCAAAAGGACAAUACGAAGCUUGGGCCACGAGGUGGGUCUCAAAAACCGAUAUCCAGUUUCCUCUAUUCAGGAAUGGACCAUCGAGAUUAACAAACCCUACCAUCGGGCGCUGAGACGACGCAUUAAGCGUGCCAUCAAGGAACACACAACCACCGAGCUCUUGGAAGAUGUGGUCCGAUGUGGGUUUAUCUCACAUGGUCAGAUGGCCGGCCACGUUCUAUCCAAGUACCUCGUGGGUGGUGUUUUGGAUGACACUCUGACGAAGUAUAUCGAGGGAUUGGCGGUGGGAAAUGGAGCUGGAAGGGUGCCACUGGCUAACCAGGGGUACUGA